AUGAAUCAGACGCAUAGAGAAGGAGAGCCACUGGCAAAACGGCGACGCAUCGCUUUGGCGUGCAGUGCAUGCCGAGCGCGGAAGUCCAGAUGCGAUGGACAGCGGCCGUCGUGCUCAACAUGCUUAUCACUGACCGUUGAGUGUGUGUAUGAGCCGUCUGACUGCUCAACAAAUGUUUUGGUCCGCAAAGAAUAUGUCGCAGACCUGGAACAGCGACUGAGAUGCGUCGAGAGCCGACUGCAACGGCAUGACGACUUGCUGACAGGGCAUCUCUCUGUAUGCGCAACAGAUAAAGUAAACAGAUGUGAUCCACCAAUGGGUGAUCACUCGAGCAUCAGUACUGUCCGACAGAUACAAGAUGAGGUUCACGUCGAUGGAGUCAAUGGGGAGGACCCCGGGUCGGACGACACAAAGACAGAUGGCCUUGCCCUUGGCUUUGUCGACGAACCGACCACUGAGUUUUACGGCGAAUCAUCCAGCAUUGCGUUCACGCGUUGUCUUUUAGAGGCUAUGUCUCUAGAUUUGACCGCCAAGCGGACCAAGACGAAGUCACCAUGCAAUGAAAAUGGGUUUGUUGAGUGCAACAUCGCGCCGGUGUCUCAACAGCAGUCAGUCAUGGAGUCUCCUAAAGAUCAGCCUUCCUCGCCCACGACCCUUGUUUCCGAAACAGAGAUGGACUCCUUGCUGGACAUUUAUUUCAAUGACUAUGGCUCUCUCUUUCCUUUUCUCCAUGAGCCGACCUUCAGAGACACAUACAAUGAGUACAAGGCAAGCGGUUUUGUCAAAGCCCGGAGAGGCUGGCUCGGUGUGCUCACCAUGACCUUUGCAAUGGCUACCCACAUUAAUCAAAAUGGAAAGGUCUCGGCAAAGCAUCGGUUCAGGCGGUCCCAUGUUCUUUUUCAACGGGCGGUAUCCCUCUGCAGCGAAUUGUCAGUGCGAACAGUCAGCCUUGACAUUGUACAAUAUCUUCUGCUGGCCGUGCUCUAUCUUCAAGGCACACAGAUGCCUGUUCAGAUGUGGACAAUGCAUGGGAUGCUCGUACGAACAGCGACGGCGUUAGGUCUGCACUCAGAGCAAGCAGCACAGGGGCUUCACCCCAUACAGCAAGAAAUCCGCCGACGUACCUGGCUCACGAUCUACUGUUUGGACAGAAUCCUGAGCGUCACGUGGGGACGCCCGCCGGCAAUUCCAGACGAGUAUAUCGUGGUGAAGUUGCCAUCGCCAUGGGUGACCAUGACCGAAACAACCACACAUCAUUCGAAUGCCGGCGACAUUCACACGGCGUUCUUCGACGCGACCGUGCGGCUGCUCCAGGUUGUGGGUCGGUCCCUAGCCACACAAUACGGCCAGAAUCUUGGGCCUGGGGACCAAAAGAUCGACGAGAGUACCGCUAUUCACGCGGCAAGCACGAUGCGACAGGACCUUCGGCGAUGGACUUCCAGUUUACCAUCAUGUCUGGACCUGUAUGAGACUGGAUCGGAUGUUCACCUGCAAAAUGAUAAUACAAUAUCAAACCGGUUGCGGAUAAUUCUUACGCUUCGAUAUCAUUUUGUCAACAUUUUAAUCCAUCGACCACUUCUAUGCACCAUCCUGCGUUACUUGACCUUGUUAGGUUCUCCCACAGGGAGACCAUUACCUUAUAGAAUUCAGCUUGCAGUGGCGGAAGCCCACGAGUGCAUAGUCUCUGCUGAGAAGACAAUCGAAGUAGUGCAUGCAGUUAUCAACGCGCCGUACCCUUCUCACACCAGGUUAGAUGUUUGGUUCUUUACUUUAUUUCAUGUAUUAAAUUCGGCUUUGGUGAUCCUGGGACGCUCCGUGUUGGAGCAACAUGCAGUCUAUAUUAACGACAAUGCCACUCAGAGCUCUGUUCAGGACUCUCUAAAUCAAGCGGUGGAAUCCCUAGAUAAGUUAGACAAGGACAAUCAUGUGGUGUACGAUUGUGCGAGGUUCAUCGCACGUCUUUCCCAACCACAGAGUGACCAAGUUGCUAAACAAGAUAGUCUCGGGAAUGGUUGUAUUGCGGAUACCGGAAGUGAGGAGCUCACGGAUGAACAGCUUUGGUCUACCGUUGGACUCUCAUCUCUACCAGACCCAGAUAUGGUUCCACUUCCCAGGGGCGAGUUAUUCGGUCAUUCCUUUGGCGGAUUGAGCCUGAGCCUUGACCAGCUAAGCUCCACCUACUAA